AUGGCGGAAGCACAGUCAUCAGGCAGCAAUGCCUCGGAGAAGAAGCCAAAGUCGAACGGGUUCAUACCUGGAGACGACAUCCUCACCCAUUUCAGGAACAUCUACGCGGGCAUUACGGGGAAGAUGACCCCAGAGGGCGUCCAGCAGUUCAUGCUCGCGAGAGAUCUCCGCAACGAAGAGGCAGACUGCAAGCGGUGCGAGACGCAGAAGGAGUAUCUGCUGAAUUAUAGUACGGAACAACGUCGAUUUACUUCUCUCUCAAUUGCUUGUACUGAUACUUUCUCCAAUUUCCAGGUCCGGUCAUAA